UAUUGUUUAUUUUUCCGGAAAUUGUUUUAUUUUAUUUUGUUUCCGGAAAGUUUAUUUCUCUUUUAUUUCUAUUUCUUUUCCGGAAAGUUUUAUGCUCAAAAAUAUUUUCUAUAAAAAUUGUUUUACCCCAACCAAAAAUACAUUGAACAUGCCAACAAGUUUGAUCAAUAAAACAAGCAACAAUUUAGUCUGUACACAACAAUAUACUUUAUUAAUUCACCCAAACAAUUGUUUAAUUCAAUCAACAAGUAAAUUAACUUGUGACGAAAGUGGAAACAAGUUAAAGGAGAACCCCCAACAUUUUGUAAAAGCAGCAAAAUUCCCAAAAGCUCCACAGAAAGAAAUGUGUUGCGGGUCUGGAUGUCCAAAUUGUGUCUGGCUACAAUAUGUAGACAAUGUUUUGGAUUAUGUUAAGAGCCUGCCACUUGAUGAAAAAGUUAUUGAAGAGCAAAAAAGACAUAUUCGGGAUGAACUAGAAAAAAAUGUUGAAGACGAGAAUCUUCGAAUGUUUUUAACUAUAGAAAUUGAAUCUAAAGGUCUUUAA